AUGCCGGGUACCCGGAGGCAAACAACCGAGCGUGCUCGCGCGUUAUUUGCCCUCCGACUUUUGGAACCAUCUCGAACCCCCGCUCCCGCAACAAACAGAGCCCUCGACCCGCGCGCGCCCGAUGCUAUUCCUGGACCCGCUUUUUACUUAUACGACAAACAAAACGAAAUCAAGACGACAAGAGCCAUCUCUUCGGGCUCGGGCGCCGAGUUCGCGAACUGGUUUCCGAAAGUUUGCCAAGGCCUCCCAACAGUCAAACAGCCGGGAGAAUAUAAGCUCACAAUCAACAGAGCCCAACAUCAGUCGAUCCAUUCUACGAUCAGCAUGUCCAAGUUCACUCUCUCCAUCUUCGUUGCUCUCUUCCUCAUCGGAUUCGUCGCCCAAGAAGCCGCCGCCCAAUAUUAUUAUGGAUGGCCCGGCUACGGAUACGGAUAUGGCUACCCGGCUUAUGGAUAUGGGUGGUACGGAAAGAGAGAAGCCGGAUUUGGAGCGGCUGAGGCUUCAGAGAAGAUCCAGGGACCUCGCCCUUCCUUCAACUGA